AGCGUUUCGAUGGUUAAGGAAAAAAAUCAACAACUUGACGGGUAGCGGAGAAAGGGAGCUCGGCUAGGCCGGUGCGGUUCUGACCGAGCGCCGGGCGCCGCAGGUUUUUUGCACGCCAUGGGCAAAAGGGAUAACCGGGUGGCUUAUAUGAAUCCCAUAGCAAUGGCUAGAUCACGAGGUCCUGCUCCAUCUUCAGGACCUACCAUACAAGACUACUUGAACAGACCAAGACCAACAUGGGAAGAAGUAAAAGAACAACUAGAAAAGAAGAAGAAGGGUUCCAAAGCCUUAGCAGAAUUUGAAGAAAGGAUGAAUGAGAACUGGAAAAAAGAACUCGAAAAACACCGGGAGAAAUUGUUAAGUGGAAGUGAGAGCACUUCAAGGAAGAAAGAGAAGAAGAAAAAGGAGAAGAAGAAAUCCAGUAGGUUGUCUCCAUCUUCCUCUUCCUCAUCAAGCUCUGAUUCUUCCAGUAGUUCUUCUGAUUUUGAAGAUGAGGAUAAGAAACAAGGGAAAAAGAGAAGAAAGAAGAAGCACCGCUCCUCACGGAAAUCAUCUGAAAACUCUAGUUCAGAUUCUGACUCGGACGGCAAGGACAGCUUAAAAAAUAAAAGGGCAAAGGAAGACUAUGAAAGAGAAAAGGAUACCAAAAGCCUUGAAAGGAAAAGGAAAAAAGCAGAUCGUGGGGAUGGCAUGUUAUCGACAGAGUCCUCAUCAGAAUCAGAACACACAGAGGAGGUACCAGCAAAAAAGAAGAAAACCAGUGAAGAAAAAGAGAAAAAUGAUAAAACAAAAAAACGGAAGAAGCACAAGAAACAUGGCAAAAAGAAAAAAAAGAAGACAGCCAGCUCAAGCUCUUACUCAGAAUAACUUCAGUCAAGACUCUCUUCCCCCCAACACCUUCUUAUCAAAAGUGCAAUGAGACUAGAGAGAACUGCAACUGUGAAAAUUACGACAAAACUUUACCAAACUGCAUGAGUUCUCUUGUGUAUUAACAAUAUUCUAAACUUUCAGCUUGCCCAGUGCAGUUGGGCUGGAAAUAGCCAUUGUUGUUGCCUGAUGCUUAAAUAUAUGUAGUAUUCCCCACUCCCCUCGGCCCCGGUGACUGGCGUUAAAUGUUUUGAAAUAAGCCCUGCACAUGGCUUAAUGAUGUAACAGCAGUGCAAAAUAGGGUUGGUACAAGAAAAGGGUUUGCCCAUUCCAGGGUCUUUGUAUGUGCACCCUGCACCCAUGGGUCCCCCUGCAUUUUAAUGGAAGGCCCCGAUUCACACACGUAAACAACUGUGCAUGUAGAUCAGCCAUUUACUGUAAUGACUGGGCCAGCCCUUACGGACGGGACACCCUGCCUGUGCACCUCUUCCCAUAAAGCAAACAAUGAAUUUGGGUGUUUUUAUUUUUGAACGGGUGGUUAAAUUUUCAUUAUAUUUUUUUACAAAUAUGCAAAAUUCAUUAUCAAAGAUGAACACAGCAUAGCAACUCCUGUGACAUUUCAUUACUACUGAUGCCAUGUUUUGAAACAGGAAUAUGUCAGUAACCUGUACAAAUGUCAGUUUGUGUGUAUGUAUCAUAAUUUUGCUCUCUUUUUUUUAAAGUGGGGGGGGGCAUGGAUGUUUGUGUUCUCUUGGAUCAGACAGCUUAUUUUGAAUCCUUGCAAGCAACACCAGUGUUUGCUGAUGCUGUUGCUGUGCUUCCAAGGGUACUUUAAGCAGCCAUUUUUCUUUCUGAAUAUGGGGUAGAUUCCAUCGAGAAGACCUUUCCCUGUGAAAACUAAAUAGGACCCGCAGAAGAGCAGUUGUGUUGAUGACUGGUUACGGAAAAGCUAGAUGUGAUUGGGGACAGUCGCUUUUGUUAAUUUACAUGGCCACCCCAUUCACGUAUAAUAGUGUGGAGUGUCUAAAUUUUAUAACAAAAACCACAUGUGACUGAGGAGAGCUGAAAUGUGGCAGCCUUCUCAGUUGUGCUUCAUUGCUCCCCCCCCCCCUUGUCUGGCUCACUUCUGGUAUUGGAGCUGAGCCGGGGGAACGGUGCAUAAAGCAACAAAACUUGGAGAGGUGACACAGGAGGGUGGGGGUGGGUGGGAAGAGAGGCUACCCCCAACCUUUGCUGUUUAAAAAAGACCCUACCCUCCUCUCUCUGCCUCUUUAUGCAUGAACAGGCACGCGAACAAAUGCGAUUUGUCUGUUCCCAUCUAGUCUGGUCCUUGGUUUAUUCAGAACCUGUAGCACAUGCUGCUGGGAUAAGCAAGAAAACACCAGCCUAAAGUGGCAUAGCUGACACCCCAAAAGUGAGGAUUUUACCCCUGUUGAAUCAAAAUAAUACUGAGUACUUAACAUUAUUUGAGGUGGCAUUGAGUUAAUUGAUUUCUCCCCCCCCCCCAGCAAACACUGUUGCAUUUAUUAUUAUUAUUUGUGUUGUCAUUAAGGUAUUUAGAAUUAAUGUUCUGCAUGAUUUUGUCCCGUUUUUAAAUUAACCAAUAGAGAAAUACAGUUGUAAUCGAUGGGAUUUUUAAAAAAAUUAAUUAUGUUUCACAUGCAGCAUUACUUACAGAUUUUUAUUGCAUCCAUGCCUAUGUUUUAAAUGCACACUUGCUGAAGAUAUUUAGCAUGUAAAAAGCUGAGGGAAUGAUAUCCAACAGCUUCAUAUUGAAGCUGAUUUUACUCUACACAAGUUCCGUGGCAGACCUGUUAUGCAACUAUGUCUUGGUAUUCAAAAUUACUGCCAGACACAUAGUAAAGAUAAUGUUUGAAAAAAUUA